AUGGGUAGACCAACCGCUGGAGCUCCUGCUCCUCCAGAGGACUCGCUAACAGUUCGCGACAACCGUACAGGCAAAGUGUAUGAUAUUCCUAUUUCGAACAAUACUAUACCUGCGACAGCAUUCAAACAGAUUGCUGCUCCACGUAGACCUAAUGAACGCGAGGAGAACGAGACGGAGAGAGGCUUGCGCGUUGCGGACAAGGGAUUUUUGAAUACUGCUGUCAUCACGUCGGAGAUCACUUAUAUAGACGGAGAAGCGGGAGGUACAGGACACCCUAUCGAACAGCUCGCAGUGCAAUCGAAUUUCCUGGAGACCGCAUAUUUGCUCAUCUACGGGUAUUUGCCCACAAAGGCACAGUAUGGCGUAUUCGAGAACGAAGUCAUGCACCACAGCAUCGCGCACUCCGACGUAGAAGGCCUGUUCCGAGCUUAUGACGCACAUCCGAUGGCAAUUUUGACGAGUGCCAUUGCUUCUUUAGGUUCUUUUUAUAGCGAGGCAAACCCGUCCUUACAAGGGCAGAAUCUCUAUACCAAAGGCGAUUCAGCUUCGCUAGCAAACAUGGACAAACAAAUUUACAGGCUCAUCGGGAAGGCGACUACUCUGGCUGCGAUGGCAUACCGAGUACGGCAAGGCAGGAAAUUCGUGACGCCUCCUGCAGGCUUGAGUUAUACAGCAUCGUUCCUCUACCAAAUGGAUCAUCUGGGAGAACAGAACUAUACACCUUCCCCUGUUCUCGCGAAGGCGCUAGAUAUACUUUUCCUUCUCCACGCGGAUCACGAAUUGAAUGCGUCGUGCACAACUGUUCUUCAGACAGCUAGCUCGCUCGUUGAUCCGUAUUCUGCAGUUGCUGCUGGCUGUGCUUCAUUAUAUGGACCUUUACACGGUGGUGCAAAUGAAGCUGUAAUUCGGAUGCUCAUUUCUAUCGGUUCACCUGACAAUGUCCCUGCAUUCGUCGAGGCAGUAAAGCGUCGUGAGAAGGUCUUGUCUGGCUUCGGACAUCGCGUUUAUAAAACGUCGGACCCUCGGUCGUUUAUCGUGCGCAAGACUGCCGAUGAGGUUUUCAAAGUUACCGGGAAAGAUGAACUUCUCGAAACAGCGAUGCGGUUACACGAAGUUGCGAUGGAGGACGAAUAUUUCAUCAAACGGAAGCUCGCCCCGAACGUGGACUUCUGGAGCGGUUUAAUUUACCGUGCCAUGGGCUUCCCUCUUGACUUCUUCCCCGUACUAUUUGCGGUUCCUCGAGUUGUCGGAUGGCUUGCACAUUGGCGACAGAUGAUGCUUCAACCCGGUGGCGUCAAGAUCUGGCGACCUCGACAAAUAUAUGUUGGUCCUGGUAGGCGAGAUUAUGUUCCCAUGGACGACCGCGUCCCCGAUGAUGCUUCCGCAUAUACGCCGACGCCCGUCAGACACACCGGGUGA